CUGGAAUUGCGUAAGCGUGAGCGUACAGCUCUUUUACUACUACGACGCCGAAAUGCCAUGUUCAAGUGGGCAGACUCAGUCGAUAACGCUGAGCUGCUACAACAACAUCAACAACAACAAAUGGAACUACAACAACAACAACAACAGCAGAUCGGUGGCGGUGGGCUGUUUGGUGGAGGUCUUCGUGGACUAGUGGCUGCUGCAAAGGCAGCUGGAGCACAGCGACCGUACUCAUUGUACACCCCUCUCGAAGAUGCGCCGAAGUCGACUAAGAGCAGUGACGAAGGCGAUGAAACUCCAACGCGAUAUUCGCCUCCACAAGAAGUGCCGAAAGCAGUUACUGCUGGUCGUCGUAUCUCUGAUAUGUUCUCACGAAUACGUCGUGGUGCUGGUGCUGUCGCACACGAUCCCCCUCAGCAGUAUGCACCACGUUUCAACUACUAUCGUGAGAGAUCGUCACAGUACGAUGAGACGGAACAAUUGUUACCAUCUCAACGCUCAAGGACGCCAUCGCCGCGGUAUUCAAGCCUUCAUGGAAGAAGCAGUCCUCCAAGCCCUGCAGAGCGCUAUCCACCUCGCUAUAGAUCUCGAGGUGAGAAGGUUUGCUCGUUCAUGCUGAAACAAAUUGUUGGUGAAAAAUUCGCAGUAAAACGACAUUAUGAUAGACUCCUCCCCAGCUACAGUCAUAUGCGAUGCUUAUGUACCGAUUUAGGAAAUGGACCAAUUCCAGGACGCAAUGGCUGUAACGGAGGAGGAGCUUAUCGAACAGCCAAUCCUCAAACUUCCAAUUCUCCUCCAUCUUCCUCCGAUUACGCCAUGUCGAUACGAGAUCCAGCGCUUCGUGUGCCUCGCUUUCCUUCGAGUGCUUCUCAUUCUUCUAUGGGUCAAUUUGCAUCUCCACAAUAUAGGCCUCCUUCAGUAGUUUCUCCAAUGCGCUCACAUCGUCAGGAAUACUAUACAGCUAGAGAAAAUUAUUAUGACAUACCAUCGCCAAGUCCUGCAGGAAAUGAUAUGUAUCAUGGGUAUAACCGUUCAUCUCCGUCUCGAUACUCGUCUGUUGUCUACGCUCACGAUACUGGUCCUCGCACUAGGGUUAUCCAGGCCCAAUCUGGCACAAUCCCGCUCAGCGAUUCUGAAUCGGAUGACCAGGAGCGAUGGGCCGUUGUUUGA